CUUUAUACUACCCCCUCUUUCGCAGUUUCUCUCUCUUCCCACUCAAGUAAUAUAAGUUUCUGGACUUUCCUCGGUCGUCUCUCUACAACUAUACGCGUGAGUAAUCAUUUAUUCAUUCAAUCUCUCUCUGUUAACGAAUCUAUGUAAAAGUUUGAUCUGUUAAUUUUGAAUUCUGAAAAUCUAUGACAGAUCGAACCUAAUUCAGUUGAUUUCUCCUGAUUCGUCAUAGUCCUUUAUCUCUUUUAUAUAGAUUUCAGUUUCAUUUUCGUUCUGUUUCACUUCCAUUAUUAAGCUCCAAUCCAUGCGUUCGUGAUUUGAUAAUUAUGAUUUGAGCUUCUUUGUUCUAUUUGAAACUAUUUUUGUUGAAUUUCAGAAUCAUUAUUGCAAUUAGUGUUGGUGUUUGUGAGAUUUGUUCGAUGGUUGAUUUUCUGUCGGAUUAGGGUUUUGGUGGUGGUGAUAUAAGUGUUGGGGGUGUUGAAUUGAAUUCAUAAUUUGGCUUUUAUUUGUUAUUUUGAUGAGGGUAGUUGGUGUAUUAUCUGUUAAUUUAUUCUUCGGAGUGUUAUGAGACGCCGUUCUCCAUCGAGUCCUAAGUCUGAACUUAUGGAAAAGGGGACUGGAAAGAGUCAACAGUCCCGGCUUUGUUUACUAGCGUCCUUAUCUGCAUUUUUCUGGUUCUUGUUAUUGUACUUCCAUUUCGUUGUCUUAGGAAGUAGUAAUAUUGUUGAUGAUUCGGCACAGUUGAAACCCAUUUCUGUUUUUGUCGAAUCUAACAAUGCUCAUCCAACCAUUGACAAACCCAGCAAUGUCCAACCUCUGCCUAUUAGUCGUCCCAUGACUUCUAGUCAUCCAACAUCCGAGAAUCGCCCAAUACCUACUGGUCCUCUGACAUCUAAUGUUGUGGGUAAAUCAGAUAUUUACCCCUUUAUGAGGGCCUUGAGAACCAUAGAGAACAAGAGUGAUCCAUGUGGUGGGAGGUAUAUUUAUGUUCAUGACCUUCCUCCGAGGUUCAAUGAGGAUAUGCUUAAGGAGUGUAAGAGUCUUAGCGUCUGGACCAACAUGUGUAAGUUCACUACUAAUGCCGGGCUUGGCCCCCCACUGGAGAAUGUUGAAGGUGUGUUCUCGAAUACUGGAUGGUAUGCUACAAAUCAGUUUGCUGUUGAUGUGAUUUUUAGUAACCGAAUGAAGCAAUAUGACUGUUUGACGCGUGAUCCUUCUCUUGCUGCUGCCUUUUUCGUGCCUUUUUAUGCGGGUUUUGAUAUUGCUCGUUAUCUUUGGGGGCACAAAAUAUCGGUGAGGGAUGCUGCAUCUCUUGAUUUGGUCAAUUGGCUUAUGAAGAGGCCAGAGUGGAGCAUUAUGGGUGGGAAAGAUCAUUUUCUUGUUGCUGGUAGGAUAACAUGGGAUUUUAGACGACUUAGUGAUGAAGAAUCAGACUGGGGUAACAAGCUUCUUUUCUUGCCGGCUGCGAAAAAUAUGUCCAUGCUUGUGGUUGAAUCAAGUCCAUGGAAUGCAAAUGAUUUUGGUAUUCCCUACCCCACCUACUUCCAUCCGGCAAAUGAUGAUGAUGUGUUCACUUGGCAGGAGCGGAUGAGGAAACUGGAGCGCAAAUGGCUCUUCUCUUUUGCUGGUGCUCCACGUCCUGACAACCCCAAAUCAAUUAGAGGGCAGAUCAUUGAUCAGUGCAAGAACUCCAAGGUAGGAAAGCUCUUGGAAUGUGAUUUUGGGGAGAGCAAGUGUCAUUCCCCUAGCAGUAUAAUGCAGAUGUUUCAGAGCUCUCUCUUUUGCCUGCAACCUCAAGGUGAUUCGUACACACGAAGAUCUGCCUUCGACUCGAUGUUGGCUGGUUGCAUACCCGUCUUCUUCCAUCCAGGGUCGGCAUACACACAAUAUACUUGGCAUCUUCCGAAGAAUUAUUCGAAGUACUCAGUAUUCAUUCCAGAGGAUGAUAUUCGGAAGAGGAAUGUUAGCAUAGAGCAAAGGCUGAGCCAAAUUUCUCCUGAGGAGGUUAAAAUAAUGAGGGAAGAGGUUAUUAGUCUCAUCCCGAGGCUGAUAUAUGCUGAUCCUCGCUCUAAACUGGAAACCCUUAAAGAUGCUUUUGAUGUAGCUGUACAGGCAGUUGUUGAUAAAGUUACCACGUUGAGGAGAGACAUCAUCAAAGGUCACACAGAUGAGAAUUUUAUCGAAGAGAAUAGUUGGAAAUAUGCAUUAUUAGAGGAAGGCCAACAUGAGGUGGGAGCUCAUGAAUGGGAUCCUUUCUUCUCGAAACCAAAGGAUGGUACUGGGGAUUCUGAUAAUGCAGCAUCAGAAGCGGCUAAAAAUUCUUGGAAGAAUGAACAAAGACAGCAUUCUUGACAAAGAGACGAUAAUGCUAUCGACAGAGGUUGCAGUAUUGCCUAAUGCAUAGACUGGGUAUAGAACAAGGAAUGCUGCGGUGACCUAAAGGUGGAAUGCAGGUACCAACACUUGCCGGCCCUCGUUUGAAAGUCAUUUCAGUAGUUUCCAUCUAGUUUGUCAAUCUCCAUAACAUAGAGAGAAAUAUUUCCUGUUUCUAAUAGGUUUUUUCACGUAAAUUUUUGUAAUGUAAUGGAUAUACACAUGCUGCUGGAUUGCCGAUAUUACAUCUCUUCAUAUAUUGAAUGUUCUUUCUUUUCUUUUUUUUAUAAAAAAAAAAAUCAAGGAAAUAAUAAUGAGUAAUCUUCCAACUUUCAA